GAGAGGAAUUCAACUGAACUAUCUAAUUGGUAUCUAAUUGAUAUCAAUCGAUACCAUGGUUCCGUCUAUCAUUGCAACUUGCAAGCAAACGCGCUUCCAUCUUGAUAACAACCCUUCGCAGGAAAUAGAUGUGGACGGACUCAAUGUCUCGGUUGUAGCUACCCCGAACACAAACGAUACCUCAACAGAUACUUCAUCCAAACCAUCCAAGCCCAAGGGCAAGUCGAAAGCCAAGGCCGAAGCUAGGGAGCUGAUUGUGGAUGCUCAUCUGCGUUUGAAGCCGGGCAUUCAUUAUGGCUUUCUUGGACGCAAUGGUACCGGGAAAUCAACUCUUCUACGGGCCAUGGCGGACAAGCUCGUCCCUGGUAUACCUCACGCGACUCGCAUUGCUAUUCUGCAGCAAACCGAUGCCGAUACGAAUGGAAACCUGGAUCCGGGAAGUGGAAGUCAACAUGCGACUGUGCUGGAACGAGUGAUGGGGAGUGAUACUUCUAGGAAUGAAGUGAUACGGAAAAUGGAGUUCUUAUCCAAGAGCUUCGACACUGAUGACCCAUCCCAGCCGGUCCGCGCAAUUCGCACUAUUCGUCACGAGCAAAUCGAGAGUCAACUGUUCUUGGCUCAGAAGAAUGCAAGUUUGAAGAGUGGAGCAAGAGGACUGCAGGCGCGCAAAGAUUUGAAGACCGUCGAAGGGAAGGUUCAAGCCUCGAGGGACCUACUGGAGCAGGAACUCGACGCCGAUGUAAUCAAGGCGGAUACACAGGCCGCGAUGGACACACUCCAGGAUCUCCAAUCUCAAUUUGAAGCCAUGAAACUGGUCGACAUCGAACAACAAGCCCGUCAGAUUCUCAUUGGUUUAGGGUUCAAGGAAGCUUGGUUUACAAAGCCAUUCUCAGAUCUAUCUGGUGGCUGGCGAAUGCGCUGCAUGCUGGCUAGCGUCCUAAUUCAAAACCCCGAUGUCAUGAUUCUCGACGAACCAACCAACUUCCUGGAUCUUCUGGGCGUCGUCUGGCUUCAGAAUUAUCUCCAACAGCUACGCGACUCGUCAGAAACGACUGUGGUUCUUGUCUCCCACGACAGAGACUUCAUCAAUGCAGUCUGCGAAGAGAUCAUGAUACUCAAAGAUCAAAAGCUCACCUACUUCCGCGGCAACCUGUCCACAUACGAGAAAGAUUUCGAGGAACAAAAGCUCUACUGGGGACGCAUGAAGGAAGCACAAGAGCGCCAGGCGGCUCACAUGGAAGCGACCAUUCGUGAAAAUAUCAAAGUUGGGAAGAAAACAAACGAUGAUAAUAAGCUGCGACAGGCCAAAUCCCGCCAGAAGAAAGUGGACGACCGAAUGGGCAUCCAAGUGAGCCAUAAUGGAGGACGAUUCAAGCUGAAUAGAGACCUUGUGGGCUGGCACUUGAAUGCGCGUGCGGAAAUCGAGGUCCCAACAGAUGAACGAGGCGCGUCGAUGAGGCUCCCCGAUGCUAGUGAACUACGGUUCCCAGGUCCGUUGAUCUCCUUGGAAGGGAUCCUCUUCCGAUAUAAGAAUAACGAAGCCCCUGUUCUGAAUGGCAUUGACUUUGUGGUGCACAUGGGGGAUCGGGUCGGUAUCAUGGGUCUUAACGGUUCUGGGAAAUCGACAAUGGUCCGUCUCCUGGCAGGCAGUAUGCUGCCGACCAAGGGGAAGUUGACGACACAUUCAAGACUCAAGCUCGGCUACUACGCACAACACUCAAUUGAUGAACUCCAAGAACGAGGUCAAGCUGAUCCUGGCCUAACUGCUUUAGGGUUGAUGACAAAAGAGGUUGAUGGAGCGUUCAAUGAAGGCGAGAUCAGAGGCUUGCUCUCCUCUAUGGGUCUCCAGGGCCGGAUUGUUUCUGAUGUACCGGUAUCCCGGCUAUCAGGUGGCCAGCUGGUCCGCUUGGCCUUAGCCAAAGUCGUAUGGAACUCACCACACCUGCUCAUGCUGGACGAAAUCACGACCCACUUGGACUUCCACACAGUGACAGCACUCACAUCAGCGCUCUCCUCGUUCAACGGCGCAAUCUUGUUGAUAUCGCAUGACCGUUUCCUCGUUCGAUCUGUGAUUGAAGGGAAGCGAGAUGAAGAGAACAGCCUGGACGAUGAUUUCGAAGGUGUUGAUGAUAGGCAAGAGGAAUCGCAGGACAGGCGACGAACUGUGUAUGUUAUGAAAGCCGGAAAACUCCACGAGCAGCAGGAUGGUGUAGAACAGUUCGAGAAGAGCCUCGUGAAACGGGUUCAGAAGAUGCUUCCGGCACCGGGAUAGUGCUGGACCCUUAAUUGAAGCUCACUAUUGGGUGUCCCUGAUAGUUCCG